GUCAGUGGGUAGGAAAAAUAAUACUAAAAAAAAUCAGGAAGCUGUCAAUAACAUUUUAUAAAUGAAUGAUUGCUAAGUAAAUAACUCGAAAUUAUAUAUUUCUACAAUUUAUAUUAUAUAAAUCACUAUUGGAUAACAUGCAUUCAUAAAAAAUAAACAAAGAUAUGGUUUUAGUUUGCUGUAGAAGGUACAUGCCAUGAAUUUAAAAACACAACAUUAUGGAGCCAGAUAAAUUGUUGAUACCACCUUGUGAGCAAAACAUAGAAGUUUUAGUGAAUGAAGAUUUCAUCAGCAUUUAAAUCAUGUCUGUUAGGCUUGGCAGCACAAGUACUGUCUGCUCAGUGGCCCAGUUUGAUGCUAAUGAUAUUCAUAUUUCUGUGGAGCUGCCAGACGCUGCCAGAUUUCUUUUAGAUUUUUUAAGUGAGAUAUCUGCUAGGCCAGAGCUGUGUGAAGGGCCUCUGGUGGAAUGUGCCAUCCAGAGAUACGAGCGAUACUGGCUACCUCUAGUGGCCAAGCACCCAGGCCGCUUGCUGCCAGCACCCUUAGACAUUGAGUGGAUCUGGCAGUGCCACAUGCUGUCACCUAUAGCCUACAGUACUGAUUGUCACAAUAUUGCUGGCAAAUUGAUAGAUCAUCAUUUAAUGGAGAAGUCCCAAAGAAAAGAGUUGCUAAAAGAUUCAGAAAGGUUGUGGAGGAAAGAGUAUGCUGAUGUGCCUUUCUCUGCCUGUGAUGCUGUUACCCCUUGGUUUGAUUGUGAGUUUGUUUCUGCCUUGACAUACAACUUGACUUUAGCCGUGUCUCGGCAGAAAAGCUUCUAUUAUCAAGUCAGUCUUCCUCACUAUAGGGAUGAGAAAUUUUUGAAUCAUGCUUUGUUACGCUACAAGAAGUUUCUUUUCUUAAAGUGCCAAAACCCUGGAGUAUUUCUUGUACCCUGUUAUGAUAAUGAUCUUAUGUGGCACACCCAUAUGCUACAUCCAGUGUUCUACAAAGAUGAUACAGAGGCCUACAUGGGCAGCAUCUUGGCCCAUGAUGAUUCUGUCAAUGACCGAUCUAUAGGCUCCAAACUGGCUUUGUCAGAAGCCAAAACAAGGAACUUAUGGAGAAAAGUGUUUAGUGAAAAAUUCUCUUAUUUUGGAGCUAUGUACAGGGGGGAACCACCAUAUUCAAAACUUUAUGUCAUGACAAAAGAAGAUGUGUAUAGAGUAUGCACAAAACAGGCAAAUGUUCUCAUUGAAAAAGUUCGUGUUUCAGGGCUUCCUCUUGGGAAAACAUUCAAAUUAAAACUUUGCUACAACACUGGAUACCAAAAUUUUAAUCGUUCCUUGUUUGUAACAGAGAAUAUAGCCUCUGUGAAAGGGAAUGCAAGGACUUUAGAAGACAAUAAUAUCAAUGCACACUUUUCUUUCGAUACUCGCUACAACGACAAAAUUAUUGCUAGCCUUCAGCAAAAAUCAGGAAAACUGUGCCUAGGAACCAAUGACAUUUUAGGGGAGGGUAGGAUUGAUAUGCAGAAGAAAAUACAACCCCUGAACAGUAAAGGGUUAUCAGCAAAUGAUGACAUCGACUGUGGGGAUGGUCUAUCUAUAGGACUAGUCUGGAAUUGUCCUGCUCCUGUUCUGGGUCCUUGUGUCUUAAGACUGGAAGCGGGAGACUACCAAAGUUGUGUUAUGCCUGAAGACAGAGAAACUAUGUGGGGGCCCAUUCCUCUUCCACGCCUGCCUCCUGGUGUUGAUAACCAUUGUUCUGUUGCUUCACAUAAGUUGUUUAACCAUACUAGAAGGGUUGUGUUCACCGUAAGAAUGAUCCAUAGUGAGCCAUUACUGAUGUCUGCCAUCCAUGUGUUCUACGGAGACAAAUUAACCGUUGUCGCCCAUUUGGUUGUUGGGGAUCAGCUUCCACUUCCUUCAUCUGUCAUUGAUUCUAAAAGAUGUGUUACCUUAAAUCCCAAGGAAGGCCAGAGGGCAGUGUUGAUCAAAAACAAUUUCGGAGAUUGGGGAGUGGCUGUUGGCUGGUGGGAAGGAUUCCAGAGAAGAUCAGCAGGUAGAAAAGGUUCCCUUAGUGAAGGUCAUUUAGAAGUAAGAUUUUUUCACCUGGGUACCAACAAGUGGCAUUUUGUUUCCUUUGAUCGUCUCUACUCUCUGGCUACAUCCAAGUUUGACAUUGGGGACUGUGUUGUGGAGUUUGACAGUGGGUUCAUUGAGAUCAAUUCAGAAAGAUGUGAGAUAGCUGAGAACCUUGGUCUUAUAUUUAGUGUUGCUUUAAUUCAUGUAUUGUGUCAGCCAAGACCUCAGAACUGGGCACCGCAGCUUAGCACCCCAAAAGGUGAGGAGCAGGUUCUCCCAAGGCUGGGUGGCUCAGAGGAGAUUGCUCUUCUGCUGGCCGCUGGAGUUUUGAUAGCCACGCCCUGCAACCAUGCCAUCAGAAAUCUCUUCAAGAAAAAGAAGCAAGAUUAUGGGGAGGGCACUAGUGUGAUGCGGACCAGUCAGAGAGAUCAGGACGAGAGGUUUGAACAUAGUGGUCGACCUCCGGUGAUCUUGCACGAGGCUGAGGUAAGUGCCGGUUGGUCUGAAGAGUGGAGCGGAAACAACAGUGGUGUCAGCAGUGCUGAGGCUGCGGUAGGAAUGGCAGCUGGCUUAACUAUGAUCAAAGAAAGUGAAGAUGACAAGGAAGGAAGCCAGGAGGACCUUUUAAAGAGUCUCCCCCCUCCAUGUGAAGAUGAAAUAGGAGGGAAUGAGCUGUCUGACAGAACAAGUUUGCUAAGAAUUAGUGAUCAUAGAAUGAAAAGGUCAGACAGAAGAGAACAGCCACUUGCUCUGUGUAUAAGACAGGAAAGCAUUAAAGAAGAAGAAGAGGGAGAGGAGGAAGAAGAAGCUGUUGAAGAAACUAACAUUCCUCCCCCUGCAGAAGAAGAAGGACAGGAAACCUCAGAUCGAAACAGUGGGAGUGUGUUUGAAGGGGAGGAUUACAAUCUGGACGCAGACAGCCAAACUGGGCUAUUUGGUAAUGGUGAAAGUGACAGUGAUGAGGUAGAGGAUGAUGUGGAUAUUGUAGGGUUUGGACGACCUAGUACAGCAGAUGCAGAGAGCAUGUACACAAAUGAUCAGAAUCACGAUAGUGGAAGUGAGGUGCUCCCUAACUCUUUUGGCCAUGACAGCUGUGAUGACAUGGUCUAUGAAAAUGACACUGAUUAUUAUGAUGAAUUCUAUGGCAUCGGUGGAGAUGAACAUGUCAAUGGAUACAGUGGAAGCGAUAGGCUGCCAAAUGACAGUAAUCACGGGGGUCGAGGCAUCUGGGAAUCUUAUGGAGACUGUGGAAGGAACACUUCCAUGGAAAAUCACACAGACUACGGUGGCUAUGGGUCUUACAAAGAUCAUGCUGAAACAAGUAUGAGCUCUGGAUUGUUUGGGGGAGGCAGUGACUGUGGAGGUUAUAGUCAGGGCGGAGGUGAUCAUGAAAACGGACAUUCCAGUCUUUAUUGUGGUGGGGGUGAUGAUGGCAUUGGAAGUGGGGAGAUGGCUGCCAAUGUUUAUGUGGAUGGUGGGAUGGUUGAUGGAGGUGGAGAAGGAAGUGGCUGUGGAGGGUAACAGGUUCACAAGAGUUAUCGACAUAUUUCAUUUCAUGCAUUUGAAUUUCAGUCUUUUUUUUUUUUUUUUUUAAAUAAAACAGAAUAUGCAUUUAAUUUUUAGUCAUAUAACAUUUUUAAUGACUAUUUUGCAUUACUAAAAAAGAUCUAGUCCCAUAUAUAUAUUUUUUUUUUUAGUUAUUUUGUACCAAUUUGAAGUCAACAAUUAGAUUUAGAUUGUAAAAAAAAAGUAUUAUAAAAACAGUGGCAGUAUUUUGUUCUCCGAAUUAUGAAGUAUUUUUAUUUUAUAAAAUAUAUUUAUUUUAUGAAAUUAUUAAAAACAAUUUAAGCCAUUAAAAUAAUUGUGCUAUGAUUGCAAUAGUUUUAUUCUUAGCACUAUUACCUACUUUAGAAACUCUGCAACUACAUCUGAUCUGAGCCUCUUCUCCACACACCAAAUUGUGCUGGGGCAUCUGUUAGUGAUUUUAUUGGUAUAUGUUGUUACUAGAGUUCUUGGUGGUCUUCAGUUAUCUAAUGAUUCAGUUGUGAAGCUUUAAGAGUGAUAUCUGUAUAUAAUUGAGCAUUUGUAAUUCCAAAACUGUAUAAAUAUCUAUUUAUUGUUAUUCUAUGUAAGACAAUCACUAGCUUUCAUUUGUUUUGUCAUACAUUGUUUACAGAGAACUGUGAAUGUUUGUUAAAUGAUUAAAAAAAAUGGUUAUAUUUUUUGUGAAUAUAUCUUGUGGAAACAUAUUGCUAAAAUGGGAAUCUUUUUGUUAGAUAUUUAUGUGCCCUAUCAAUAAUGUCUUUGAAAAAUAUUAUAUUGUUAGGUUAUUGUCUUUUGUUCAUGUUAGGAAACCUUAGCUGGCUUCUAGGUGGUUUAUUGGUCUUGGAACCUCAUAAUCUAAGAUUGAGAUCUAAUAUUAUACUAGUAUAUUAACAUUUUCACUUUUAUAAUUCUUUUUUUUAUUUAAAUCAAAUUUAAAAAAUAAAGAUCUGAUAAUAAUUUUUUAUGUUCAAUUUUCCCAUUGUAUUUGAAGAUACUUUUUUUGUUGUGAAGAAUAAGUAAGUAGGUCUACAUGUUUUAAGAAUUACAUGCAUUUACACACAAUUAAGGAAUACAAUAUUUUUUUGUAUUUAAAUAAGUGAUUUCAGAUGUACAUCUGACUUAUAUCUAUUGUCAUUAAUGUAUAAUGAAUACUAAGACUUAAGGUUGAUUUAUUAGUUUGUGUGAUAUUCAAACAAUUUAUUUUUAAAUAAUGAAGGGAAAAAAGUGAUAAGAGAAUAGCUGAAUACUAUAAUAAACUGUGUUUUAAAAUAACUUUCACCGACCUAUACAACUUCACUAUACUGCUGAUGUCGUGUUACCAUAUGCACUUUUGUCUCAAUGUUUGGCAUGUAAUAUUUAUUAUGUCAAGUGCUUGUUGCGUCAUUACCAAAAAUAACAAAGUUUUAUAUUUAUAUAUAUUCGUUAAUCAGCAUACAAAGUAAUUUUUUCCAUGUAUGUGCAAGUUCAGCAAAGAAAUAUGAAGCAUUUGUAAUUUUAGACUUUUUAAAGCCCAUUUAGUUUUUUUUUAUAUUGUUAUCUGAUAUCAGGAUUUAUGUAAAGUUUAUAAAAAAUAUAUAAAUAGAUCUUAAAUAGCAACGUUUUGUUUAUCACUACUAAACAAAUUUUCUAAUUUAUAGAUUUGGUUGAAUUUUUAUUUUAAUUAGCAAUUACUAUUUAAUAAAUAUGUUUUAUAGUUUGAGCAUUAUAUUCACAUGUUUCAAGCAGUUUGUACUAUAGGCAGAAAGAUUAUUUAUGAGUAUUAAAAUUUAGAUCUUAGAAUACAUGUUUAAAAUGAUACUAUUCUGAAUUUAUUGAAGUUUUAGUGAUAAAUAUUUAAAAUCUGAAACAUCAUAACAUUUCAUUGUUUCUUCCUAAAGUUUUUUUAUAGGAUGGCUGCAGGGUUGUGAACUAUCAGAUUUGAAUUACUGUCUCGAUGGUCACAGGUUCUAACUCGUCUCCCCCCCCCCCCCACACACACACACACACAAAUCCUGCAGGAGGUUUGGUCUAAGAUGUAAUAAUCUUCAAUACACCCACAACAUGUAAAACAAAACAAUUUCCCAUAGAAUUUCUCUUCAAUUUUACUUUAAACACAUUAUUCUGUGGUGUUCAUAUGUCCAAAUUUUGUAGUGGUCAAACUUUCUAAACUGUCUCUAAGUCAAAGGGCAACAAGAAUAAUAUUAGUAUAUAUCAAUAUAUAUAUAUAUAUAUAUACAAUUUUCAGCUCCCGUUAAAUGUGUUACUUUGAAAAUGUAUAUGAUUUUGUUAGUUUCAAAAAUGAAUAAAGUUUUUAUGUACCUGUAUAUGCAUAUUAUAAGUACUGACGUGCUUAUUGUGUAAGAAAUUCUAUUUUCUUUUAUAUUAGUUUUCAGAUUAUUAUCUUUGUGAAAAUUCAAUUCACAUUGAAACUUUCUUUCUUAUUAGCAUGUAUUUUUACCUAAACAACAUUGCUGACAACAAUAUAAAUAUAGUACAAAUAUUUUUUUCUAAAAAUCAAAGAAUUUUCAAAAAUGUAAGUUUCUUCCUGAGUUAUUUCCUCCUUAUCUUAUGUUAGCUCAUAAUGACCAAAGAUUAUUUUGCAUUUUUGUCAUAAUGAAUUUAUAAUUUUAACAUAAUUUUUUUUAAAGCUUCUUGCAUUCACUUUUUAAUUUUUUAAGGUUAAGAGAAACAAAAAACAUGCAGUUACAAUGUUUAACCAACAGAAAACAAGUAGUUACAAACAAUGUUAAACCAACAGAAAACAAGUAGUUUACAAUGUUAAACCAACAGAAAACAAGUAGUUUACAAUGUUAAACCAACAGUAAUCAAGUAGGUACAAUGCUAAACCAACAGAAAACAAGUAGUUAUGAUGUUAAAUCUACAUAAAAUCUUUUAUUUUAUUUUACAAAUAAAUAACAUGUGCAAUGUUGAUUGGUCCUGUAGCUUUAGAGAUAAGUGUGUACGAAAGACAAGCAUUUGUUCCAAAUCUUGAUAUAGCUUAGCAGUCUGUUUGACAAUGACAUAGCUUAGCAGUCUGUUUGAUUUGUGCUCUUGUUUUCAUAGGAUUAGGGUCAAUGCAAAGUCUUUUCAAAGUCCUUAUAGAACACCAUGUUGAACUUGAGCAACUCUUUUUUUUUUUUGUUUAAAUCUUAAUGGCUUUCCAGCUCUGUCAUUCCUUUCCUUUGCAAGCCUUUGUUUCCCCUAUCUCCCUUCAGUGAGAUUGCCAUGGAGAGACAAUCAAGGCAAUAACCCAUCUUGUACUAAGUUCUUAUUCAUGCUGCAUUUGGCUAACCCUAAUUCUAGCCAAAGCAUAAUACAUCAAGUUAAGAAAAAUGGUUGUUUCUUCUAAGGUAGAUAUGUAUGUGUAUACAUCACCUUAUCCUUCUGUUGUCAUAAUAAAUGUGUAUCUGUGCCCAUGUUGCUGCAAACUAUUUAACAAAAUAGUUUCUUGUAAUUAAAAAAUAAAUAAAAGCCACCUUAAAUUUCUUAAACUUCCUGUUUUUUCAUUUCAAGACUGUUACAACUUAAGCACAAACAAUGUAAAAAAAAAAAAUAAUUUCUUCAUGUGUGUCAUAUUUUAAGUCAUAUCAUUAUUUGAAGGAUGAGUCACUCUUAGUACUUUGUCAUUUUUUAUAUAUAUUUUUUUUUACUUGAAAAAAAUAUCAAUCCCUUUUUCUGGUGAUGUUUAAUGAUUUUAUGUUAUGUCUGUAUGCCUGAUCUAAAAUCAGUAUUACUUAUCUAUUCAAUUUUCUUUUUUUGAAAAGUGAAUUAUUCAUUGUCAACUAUAAGAUUCUCCAGCUUUUACAUUUGUCUCAACAUGACCAUGUCAUUGUAUGGGAAGAAACUGAGUAGAUAUACAUCACAAUGUCAUUGUCCAGCAACUCUAAUGGAGUAUUACUCUUUUUUUUUUAUGGUUUAUGUACAUUAAGCAUUCUUUCACAUUGUAUACAACAUUAACUUGUUACAUUGUAUGUUCCAUUCUUUAAAAACAUUAUGUUUAAGUAAAAAAUAAAAUACAAGCAACAUUUUUUUUUUUAAAGAUUUAGCCUAUUGAAAUUAUGUUUUUUUAACAUACCUACAAUUAAAUUGUGUAUUGAGCUUUUGAUCAGGCUUAGGUGGCUAUAAAAAAAUUAACAAACUAUUUUAAAUUCUUCAUAUGGCAACCUUGAAUUGUGAUUACCUUGGUUUGUGAACGUUUUGUUAAGUCUAAAAAAAAAAAAAAAAUUGACAAGGUUUAACAUGACACCUGUGAGCAAUUAAAAUUGGGGUUAUACAUUCUUUCAGGUCUAAAAUGUUUAUAAGUAUAGUUAUAUCAAUAAUUUGUAAGUCACUUGUCUCGAUAUUAAUGUUUAUUGCCAAGGAGACGGUGUGGAUACAAAGGUCUUGUAUUGUACAGUCAUGAAGGUGCCUGGUAGUAAAAUCCUAACACCUUUGAAAUGCCUCCAGUCCUAUUAGCAAGAGAGUUCACUCAACCUGGUCUCACAACUAAACAAAAACUUGUACCUGGACUUGGCUUGUUCCACUCAAGUGGGAGAACUUUUUACUGAAAAGUGAAUGAUGCAAGUCUCACUUUGUUUAUUAAAGUAUAAAGCACAAUAAAAACUUGAUUAUGAAAUCAUUCAAACUUACAAAAAUGUAAUUUAUAUUGUUAAAAAAAGAAUUAAAAAUGUGAUUUCUUUUUUGUUUUGAUUACUGUCUCUCUGUUGUUGAAUUCAAAAUGGCGAAUUUCUAACUUUAAAAACAUUCCAUUGGAAUGUACAAGAACAAAUUGUAUAUUUAAAUUUAUUGUUAUAUUUCAUGAUCAAGUUUGCGUUUUGUGUUCAGCGCGUUAUUUAAAAAAAAAUAUCAGUAAUAAUUACUUGUGUCCAUCUCAAAUUGGAGAAAUUUGUUUUUUAGAAUGCACAAAUUUAUAUUUCGUCAAGUAUUUUGUGUGUGCUUGUAUGAAGUAAAAGACAGAUUGUGAUCAAAUUCUCAAAUGUGGAAAAAAUUGGAUGAAAUGGAGUGAAUCCUAAUUGAAUAAUGUUGAAGAAGUCUAUAACUCUCAGGACCUCAACAAUGGAUGUGCCAUACUUUUGGUUUUAUAUUUACAAUGUUUAUUGAUUGGCAUAGUUAUAACUAAAGACAAAAUAUAUAACAAGCAAACAUUUUUGGUUUAUAAAUAUUAUUGUACUAUUUCACCACAAGCCUCUCAAGUUGAAGAGUUAAAUUAUCAUACCCAUCAUGUCCUUGGCACAGUACUUUUAACUCAAUUGUUUAUUCAUGCCCUAUAACGUAAUCCUGCCAAAUUUUAGCCUAGGUUCAAAGCUUUUUUUUUAACAUCGAGUCAAGCUUUUACAGUUUUAUAUUUUAUGGCUAGUUUGUUGGCAAUCAUCUACUGUUUUAAGAAGCUGUAUAUAAAUAUCAAUAUUGUUUUAAAAAAGGCAUUGCCUCAUAAUCAAAUGUUUAGUUUGACUGUCAGAUGUGCGUAUGAUUUGUUCCAAAUGGAUUUGUUUUUGUGAACAUAUACAUUCUGUCUGCAUCUUCAGGUUACUUUUACUUUAUAGUUAUAAUCCAUAAUUGAUCAAUUACUAUAACAAUUUUCUGACAAUAUGCAAUAGUUGAGCCAUUUAUCUUGUGUUCCUUAUCCCCAGAAAUCUUCUUGUUUUCCAAACUUUCUUUCAGUACAAUAACUAGACUGAUAUAUAUUACUAUUUAUUAAACAUGAUCAUUAAUGAGCUAUUUGGUAUAUCAUAUCACAGUUGAAUGAUUUUUUACAAUUUGCAUUACAUUAACUUUAAAAUGCACUUGCAUGUCUUGUUAUGUUUUUUUUUUCUCUUCCCAUCUCUUUAAACUAGUCUAUUUCCAUCUACACCCAAAUCUCUGUUGUUUUCACCAAAAAAAAUUGUGAUAAUUAAUAUGCAAACAGUUGUCACCAAAUAAAUCACAAAGAUUAUGUAAAUUAUUUUCUACUGUUCCUCUCCAAACAUUCUGUACUACAUUUGUAUCCUUUGUAAGUGAAUGAAUGAAAGUAAUGGGCCAAACCAUAAAACCCAUAUCAACCAAUGAUUAAAACGCAACUAAUUUUCAAUGUAUUAUUUUAACUUAUUGCUAUUUGACUUACUCUUUUGUUGAAAAAAUAAACGAUAACUUUUUAAAUAGUGUUUUUUUUUAAAUACAUAUAUUGUAAUAUUAAAUAGAGUAAUCUUCUUUUAAAUUUUUUACUUAGUAUAAAACAAAAACAACUAAUUCUUUUUUUUUUGUGUAUGUAUUUGUUGAUAAAUUAUUUUAAACUUUUUAAAAACCCAAUCCACUCAACACUACUUUAAGUUUGUAUAUGUCCCAUCACAAAAAGCAAUAAUUGUAUACAUUGUAUUUUUAUAUUCUCUGAGGUACCAGUAUUGUAACUUUUUUCUAGCAAUUUUUUUUCAUUUCUAAAGUUGUCCUAUUUUUUUUUCUUUAAAUGAACUAAAGUGUUUGCUAUUGAGACAAACGGUUCUAGUUUUGUUUUCUAGUUGAUGAUCAUUGCUUUUGUGAAACUUGAUUGUGAUCUAAGCUAUUAAAUAUAUACUAUUUUUUAAGCUGUAUACUUUGUAUUAUCUAGUGUGUUUGUUUGAAAUUUCCCAUUCAUAUGACAAAAUAAAAAUAUAAAAAAUUGUGU